GCGAACGUGAAUACAAAGCGAGUUGACGUUCUUCAACGACACGUCGACCAGACGGAACUAACCUGGCAGCUGUUUGGAGUCCGUAGGCUGAACAAAAUGGGAGGUUUCUUCUCUAGUCUGUUCUCUGGCCUGUUUGGCACUCGGGAGAUGAGGAUUUUGAUCCUGGGUCUGGACGGUGCAGGAAAAACCACCAUUCUGUACAGGCUUCAGGUUGGAGAAGUAGUUACCACAAUUCCCACUAUCGGCUUCAACGUGGAGACGGUCACUUACAAGAACCUGAAGUUCCAGGUGUGGGAUCUGGGAGGACAGACGAGUAUCAGACCCUACUGGCGGUGUUAUUAUUCGAACACGGACGCGGUGAUCUACGUCGUCGACAGCAGCGACCGUGACAGGAUGGGCAUCUCAAAGUCCGAGCUUGUUGCCAUGUUGGAGGAAGAAGAGCUGAAGAAGGCCAUCCUGGUGGUGUUUGCCAACAAGCAGGACAUGGAGCAGGCCAUGACGCCGACUGAAGUGGCCAACUCUCUGGGCCUUCCUGCACUCAAAGACAGAAAAUGGCAGAUCUUUAAAACCUCUGCCACAAAGGGGACGGGCCUGGACGAGGCCAUGGAGUGGCUGGUGGAUUCUCUGAAGAGCCGGCAGUAAAGACCACCUGUUGCGUGUACAUACUCCUGACCUUUGACCCGUUCCAUAUGAAGCCUCGUGACUGACCCCUCCCCCCUCUUUUUGUUGUUGUUUUGGACCAGCGGAUGCACUCCCGCUCUCCUCCGAUGCCUUUUUCACGCCUGGGACUGAGAAGAGACUGCUGCAGUAACGGAUAAUGUUUUCACCUCAUGUUCAGGAAACAAAUCCAAUCAUUAAUAAUCCCGUUGCAAUGUUUCUGUCCCAGAGAUGAUGGUGGAUUAUAAAGAUGCUUUUGUAUCCCAGGUUAUCUCUGAGUGCAGAUAUCGAUGAUCUGCAUGGAUUCACUGUGUCAUUCUGGUGUCAAAUUUCCCUUCGUCUCUACAUUUACAGUGUUUUCUGUUACUGCAGCCCAGGUCGGUUUAUUUUUCCUUUCUAUUCCUAAUUUAUGGGUUGAUCUCUGUUUUUGGUAUAAAGGUUCCUAAACUACAUGCUUAAAGUUUUAUGGUUGGAUAUUUAUACCUGCUUGUACAGAAAAAUAAUCUCAGUAAAGAAUGCAAUCAGUGAUUGUCACA